CCUCCCUCUUUCCCUCUCUCUCCCCUUCUUCUCUUUCUCUCUCUCCCCCCUCCCUCUCCCUUUUCUCCCCCUCCCUUGCUCUUCUUUCCCCUUUGUUCAAUAAGCUUUUGCCACAUUGCACAAAUACAAAGCUCUCAUUGUUAACUACAUUAAUUUUUGAAAGUUCAAACAGGACAAAGAAGAAGGGAAUACCACACAUCUCCGCCAGGACAACUAAUCAUUAAGUGGGAAAGGAAACAGCUGUUACAGAUAGAUGCAAAGGAAGAAGGGAGUUCCAAGGACUCGGGACCAGAAUCUUAAAAUGUUCUAGAACCUCAGAAAAGCUGCAAGACUGCAAGGCUCCUCCCAAAAGUUAUAAAAAGCAAUAAACAACUGAUGGCCCAGUGGAACUGCCUGCAGGUUGGGUCAGAGAGCUCCUGGGACACACUGUAAGCGAGUCAUCACGCAUGCUGCAGUGGGCUUCCCGGUGACACGGCUGUCUUUGAGCCACCCAUGUUCUUUCCUGUAGAAGACACAGGUCAGAACAGAUACUGGUAACUCAAGCAUUAUGAAAUUCAUCCAAUCGGCCAUGAUGGCACACGCCUUUAAUCCCAGCACUUGGAAGGCAGAAGCAGGCGAAUCUCUGAGUUUUGAGGCCAUCCUGGUCUAAAAAGUAAUUCCGACUCCUUCCCACAAAAGAAUUCCCACUUCAAGAUUCAUACUUGAUGCUCAACAGAACAAGAAUCACGACAGGAUCAACUUUGUUUAAAGGGUACUGACCAUGUUCUCAAACAUACUGCGUCAGAAAAUGCUGCUAACAUUCAUGUCAGUUUUAAUAAUUACCUGGAUAAUUCUUGAAAUUUCUCAAAAUCCCACAAAGCUUCAGGCUGUUCUGAACGCAAGCUUCUCCUUCCAUUCCUGGAACACCUCCAUGAAGUUCUCGUGUCCUGAAAUGCCGGAGAAUCAGUCAAGGUUACCAACAGAGAUGAAGCUGAGGGAGGAGAGCCCUAAAAUGACGACACGGGUCAAGUCACCCACAGAGAAAGAGCUGAGAAUCAGGGCGAUCCUGGAGAAGCUAGAUCAGCAGAUCCCUCCCAGACCCUUCACCCACCUCAACACCACCACCAGUGCUACACACAGCACAGCCACCAUCCUCAACCCUCGAGACACAUACUGCACGGGGGACAAGCUGGAUGUGCUGCUGGAAGCUAGGGACUACCUGGGACGCAGGAAGGAGUAUGGAGGGGACUUCCUGAGGGCCAGGAUAUCCUCCCCAGCCCUGAAAGCAGGAGCCUCUGGAAAGGUGACAGACUUCAACAAUGGCACCUACCUGGUCAGCUUCACUCUGUUCUGGGAGGGCCAGGUGGCCCUGUCUAUCCUGCUCAUCCAUCCCAGUGAAGGGGUGUCAGCCCUCUGGAGGGCACGGAACCAAGGCUAUGAUAGAAUUGCCUUCAAGGGUAAAUUUGUUAAUGGCACCUCCCAGGUCUUAGUUAAAUGUGGCCUGACCCUAAACUCAAGCACUGAACUCUGCAAAUACCUGUACAGUGGCGGUGAAGAAGUCUUCUACUGUAUGAAGCCUCAACACAUGCCCUGUGAGGCCCUGACCCAUGUGUGCACCAAUCAGCAAGGUGUUUCUUUUCUUACUGACAAAGAGAAAGAUCUUUUCCAGAAGUCCAACAUAGGAGUUGAAAUGAUGAAGAACCCUAAGUUUAUUAGUGUCUCUCGAUGCAACAAGAGAGAAGAAAACAGGGGAAAGAAAUGUCAGAUCGGAACGGAGAUUCCCACACCUAGCGGUUACUCUUUCCAAGGAAGAUGGGUAACAGCCCAGUGCAAGCAGAGUCUGCUAAACUCCAGUCAGAUAAAUGACUGCUUGAAAAGGAAACUCAUUUACUUCCUGGGAGACUCGACGCUGCGCCAAUGGAUCGAAUACUUUCCCAAAGUUGCGAAAAAACUGAAGCCUUUUGACCUUCAUGGGACUGGAAUAUAUAAGAAACACAUGCUCCUGGAUGCGGAAGGGCACACUCUGGUUGAGUGGAAGAAGCACAGCCAUCCUUUCAUCACGGUCAAUCUCUACUCUGUGAUCGAUGACGGUUAUAUUCCUCAGGAAAUUGACCGCUUACCCGGUGACAAAGAUACUGCCAUUGCCAUUACCCUGGGCCAGCACUUCAGACCCUUCCCCAUGGAACUUUUCAUUCGGAGAGUCAUCAGUAUCCGAAACGCUAUUGAACGACUCUUCCUCAGAGCCCCGGACACAAAAGUCAUCAUUAAGACAGAGAAUAUCAGGGAGAUGUACAUAGAUACAGAGAAAUUCGGGGACUUCCACGGUUAUCUUCAGUAUCUCACCAUGACAGGACAUCUUCGAAGACCUCAUGUGGGUAUCAUUGAUGCCUGGGACAUGACCAUAGCAUAUCACAGCAACAUUCUCCACCCACCUGAGCAAGUGAUUGGGAAUCAGAUUGCCAUGUUUUUAAACUAUAUUUGCUAAAGCUCCAUCCCUUGGAGCCAGUGUCCACUGGCCGUGCCGUGUGAUUCAUCAGUAAAGAAUUAUACAGUUUAGGGUCUAAGAAAAAAAUCAAAUUUAAAAGAAUCUGUCUUGGAAUAGAGAUGCAGCUCAGUUGAAAGAGUGCUUGCUUAGCAUGCACGAAGCCCUGGCUUCUUCUGUCGGCACCACGCAAGCAGGGCACUGUGGCAUAUGCUUGUCAUUCCAGCACUCGGGAGGACAGAAGUUCAAGGUUAUCCUUAAUUACCUAGUCAGAUCAAGGGGGAGCCUGAGCUAUGUGGAAAGCUUCCUUGACUAAAAACAGGAGUCAUAAUCUCGAAGAAUACAAACUGAAGAACAGUGACUACGGAGAUGGGAUAUUAAGCCAAGAAAACUAGGCAUGAAGGACAAGCCCAGAAUACACUACGUUUAUCUCCAUGUUAAUAAAUAAGAGGGCACCAGAUCUCAUUUCAGGUGGUUGUGAGCCACCAUGUGGUUGCUGGGUACUGAACUCAGGACCUUUGGAAGAACAGGCAGUGCUAUUAACCACUUAGCUAUCUCUCCAGCUUAAUAUAUCUUUAUUCUUUAAAUAUAGUUUGAGUCAUGAUUUCUGUUACUCUUGGCUGAACCAAGUAACAGGGCAGGUUAAAGGGAGCAGACAUGUCAUUGCCAUUAUGUUCUGAGAUUUAAAAAAAAUCACCUUCUUUUUCUGCAAAAGAACAGAGAGUAAGUAUUUUAGGUUUGGGGGACUAUGCCAUCUCUCUUACCACUGUGUACUUCUGCCACCAAAGCACAAAACAAGACAAACAUGUAAGCAAAUACAAAUGUUUGUGUUAAAGAAAAAUAACCUAGUAAUGAACACUAAAAAUUGGUUUGGGGGGUGGGAUUUUCGAGGCAGGGGUUUUCUCUGUGUAACAGUACUGGUUCUCCUGAAACUCUCUUUAUAGGCCAGGUUGGCCUCGAACUCACAGAGAUCCUGCUUGCCUCUGCCUUUCCUCAACUAUUUUUUAAAAAUCAGAAACCAUUUUUAGACUACAAGAACUAAAAUAAAUAAAAAAAACAACACAGGGAGGCCAUGUUCAGCCUCUAAGUUCAUGCUUUAAGACACCUUAUUUGAAACAAAACAACAACAACAAUAUGGGUAGAACUGAACAAACAAAUCCUCAAAGGCUAAAGGGGAAACCAGUUGUCAAACUGAAAAAUAGGAGAAAUCUUCAGGCCACUGAAAAAAAUCAAUCAGAAAACCCUAAGAAGUGUUGCUGAAUGAAACACACCAAUCAUUUCUUAGGAUGUUGGUGCCGUUUUUCCUGGAUGAGACAUGAAGAAAGAUAUGAUUCCACACAAAUCUACUGAAUAUACACCUAAGUUUGGGGAGUUGUUUUAAGGGAUUCAUAGAUGGUUUUUCUCUCCAGUGCUGGAAAGCCCGAGGAGACCUUGAACAUCCUGGACCACUAUCUGUCUUCUACCACCAAGCAAGCACCUGGUGGGUCCAUUUUUCAGGCUGGAAAUAGGAGACAGGCCUUUGGGAUGUGCUCCUCAAUUAGAAAUCAAGCUAUGGAAUCCAGCUGAGAAAAACAGAUGUCUGCUGGUAUUCCUCCCAGAUCACAACAAGUUCAAGGCCAGCCCAGUCUAUAAAGUGGGUUUCCAAGCUAGCGUGGACAGAGGAGGACAAACAGAAGGUCAUAGUCCUAAAUUAGUUGGUCAUUUUUCUCAGAAAAAUAAGAGCCUAAAGAGAAAAUUUCAGGUGGUACCUAACAAAAGUUCAACACACAAAUUUGAUAUUUUAUCCCUGUCGAAACAGAUGAUCAGAUUGAUUUGACUUAAAUAGUAUGGUAUCCUGCAUAGAAAUUAUGCAUAUCUUCUAGUAUAUUAAGUCAUAUGCAUUAGUACUUUUUGACCUGUGGUAAAUUAUCUUUUAAAUAUUUAUGUGGUGGAUGAAACAUAUUAUGCUUAUAAAUAUGUGCAAAACUUUAGAAAUUAAGGCCAAAUCUUUAAGAACCAACUUGCCUGAGUAACUCAGUGGUUAGGAAUAAAUGCAAAGUGAGGUGCAUAUGAUUUGGGUACACAUUAUUCCUGUAUAGAAGGAUUAGACAAAUCUAUAGUUCCAAAAUACAAUUCCAUGUCAAAGUCUGAA